UAGUUCAGCAGUGCAGCUAUAAAGAACAGACCUACCGCUACCAAGUUCUCAACGUCGCUUUGGUUAAGUUGUCCAUUUCUGUCGAAGGCACAGGAUAGAAGGAUCAAAAUGUUGAUGCCCAAGAAGAAUCGUGUUUCAAUUUAUGAGUAUCUUUUCAAGGAAGGUGUUAUGGUAGCAAAGAAAGACUACCAUGCACCAAAACAUCCAGAGUUAGAAACUAUUCCAAAUCUCCAAGUUAUUAAAGCCAUGCAGUCCUUAAAGUCAAGAGGGUAUGUUAAGGAACAGUUUGCAUGGAGACACUUUUACUGGUACCUUACCAAUGACGGUAUUGAAUUUUUACGAGGAUAUUUACAUCUGCCACCUGAAAUCGUACCGUCUACACUUAAGAAACAACCAAGGUCUGAAACUACCAGACCAAGACCUGCAGCAACGAGGAGCGAAGGCUCCAGGCCAACAGAAGAUCGCGCGGGAUACAGGCGAGGUCCAGGUGGUGCUCCGGGUGGUGCUGGAGACAAAAAGGCAGACGUUGGAGCGGGUACUGGAGACUUGGAGUUUCGUGGUGGCUUUGGUCGUGGCAAAGCUCUACAAUAAUUUUUUUUAUAUAAAAUAAAUACUACAUACAAGAUGUAA